CGUGAAGAGAAGCGAGACAUUGGCACACGAUUUGAUUGAUUGACGUGCUUAUCGAGUUCUUGGUGUCUCUCAAUUGAAGAGGGUUCGGGCGUACGGAUUUAGAGCGCCGGCUGUUGGUGAGACGUCAUCGCCAUCACCACCCGCUCAACCCACGAGAACCGGGGGGGAUCUGAAGAGGAAAAACAGACGAAGCAAAUAGAAAAAAAAGGGACAAGAUGGUGCUCACGGGAGAGGAAGUGGCCAAGCACAACAGCGAAAAGUCGUGCUGGGUGAUUAUCCAUGGCAAAGCAUACGAUGUCACAGAGUUUCUACCCGAACACCCCGGCGGCGAAGAAAUCAUUCUCAAAUAUGCCGGCAAAGACGCAACGGAAGAGUUUGACCCGAUCCACCCCCGGGACACGCUCGACAAGUACCUCGACAAGUCGCUGCACCUGGGCGACGUCGACAUGUCCACCGUCGCCCGCGAGGCCAAGCGGGAGGAGAACGACCCCGAGGAGGUGGCGCGGCAGAGGAGCAUCGCCGAGAUGCCGCUGCUGUCCGAGUGCUUCAACCUGCACGACUUUGAGGCCGUUGCGCGGCGGACCAUGAAGAAGACGGCGUGGGGGUACUACUCCAGCGCCGCCGACGACGAGAUUACCAUGCGCGAGAACCACAGCGCGUACCACCGCAUCUGGUUCCGCCCCCAGAUCCUCGUCGACGUCCACCACAUCGACCUCUCCACCACCAUGCUCGGCACCAAAGUCUCAGCGCCCUUCUACGUCACCGCCACCGCCCUGGGCAAGCUCGGCCACCCGGAGGGCGAAGUCGUGCUCACGCGCGCCGCCGCCACGCACAACGUCAUCCAGAUGAUCCCGACCCUGGCGUCGUGCUCCUUUGACGAGCUCGUCGACGCCGCGCAGCAGGGCGACCAGGUGCAGUGGCUGCAGCUCUACGUCAACAAGGACCGCGCCAUCACGCAGCGCAUCGUGCAGAACGCCGAGCGGCGCGGCUGCAAGGGGCUCUUCAUCACCGUCGACGCGCCGCAGCUGGGCCGUCGCGAAAAGGACAUGCGCCUCAAGUUUGUCGACCCGGGGAGCAACGUGCAAAAGGGCACCAAGACGGACACCAGCCAGGGCGCGGCGCGCGCCAUCUCGACUUUCAUCGACCCCUCGCUCAGCUGGGCCGACAUCCCCUGGUUCAAGAGCAUCACCAAGAUGCCCAUUAUCCUCAAGGGCGUGCAGCGCGUCGAGGACGUCUUGAAGGCCGUCGACGCCGGCGUGCAGGGCGUGGUGCUGUCCAACCACGGCGGGCGCCAGCUCGAUUUCGCGCGCUCGGGCAUUGAGAUUCUCGCCGAGACGAUGCCUGUCCUGCGCGAGCAAGGGCUGGACGACAAGAUUGACGUCUUUGUUGAUGGCGGCGUGCGCCGCGGGACAGACAUCCUCAAGGCCAUGUGUCUCGGCGCAAAGGGCGUCGGCAUCGGACGCCCCUUCUUGUACGCCAUGAGCACCUACGGGCAGGCCGGCGUCGAGAGGGCCAUGCAGCUGCUCAAGGACGAGAUGGAGAUGGACAUGCGCCUCAUUGGGUGCAACAGGAUCGAGGACCUGCAUCCGGGGCUGCUGGACACGAGGGGGCUGUUUGUGCACAGCAAUGCGACGCCCGUGGAUUCGCUCUCGAAUGUCACGUAUGAUCCGUUGAUUGUGCCUUCGCAGCGGAUCAAGGCGAAGCUGUAG